UAAAUCCUGGAUUUAAAUGGUAUAUAACCUGCACUCCAAAGAUGCCCUUGCUACUCGUCUGGACAGAAUUGGAAAAUCAACAUGAAGACGGCGUCCUCCCUCAUUUCUUUAUUGGGUGCAAUUGUCAUCUGCACACACAUAGCUCAUGCAAUGAUCUGCUUCUCAUGUGAAAACGAGACCUCAAACUGGAAGUGCCUUCGUAUGUCUUUCUGCUCCAAGGAAGAGCAAAGAUGCAUAACCAUUGGUACAGUUUCAAGAACAGAUAAUUCUUCCCAGGUGCUCAUCACCAAGAAGUGUGCCCAGAGGUGUCCGUCCGAAAAGGAUUAUCCCAACAGAGCACUCAACUCUCUUUUCUGCUGUGAACAUACCUGGUGCAACAUUAGGCCUCCAAAAUAAAGAGCAACCCACUGGAAUGGAAGGUUUUGUCUGGAGCAAUUCAGCAGCUGGAUUCUCUGAGCUCAGAUAUGCUGAACUAGAAAGAAAAAGUGAAGGCUCCUUGGCAAAUAUACCCCUCUUAAACCAAGCCUGAAUGUUUAUUCUGCCAUUAAAACUGUGCAGUAUAAUAUCCUUGCCUGGAGACUGGUUUCAGCCAUGAGUCUGAGUUUGCAGUAUUACUAUUGUUGUUAGCUGCCCUGAAGUUGGCCCCGAUUCAUGGUGAUCCUGUGGAUGAGGCAUCUCCAAGCUCCCCCAUCCUCCACUGCUCAGGUCUUGCAAAUCCAUGUCCAUGACCUCUAUCCAUCUAUCUGAGUCUAUCCAAUCUUUCUCUUUCUACUGCCCUCAACCUUCCCUAGACCCUCUA